AUGGUGGUGGCGGAGCAGCAGCUGGAGCCGCACAGCUGGGCAGCUGGGGCCGCAGCCGCAGGUGGAGGUGGAUAUGAAUAUGGUGGUGGCGGAGCAGCAGCUGGAGCCGCAGCCGCAGGUGGAGGUGGAUAUGAAUAUGGUGGUGGCGGAGCAGCAGCUGGAGCCGCAGCCGCAGGGGGAGGAGGAUAUGGUGGUGGCGGAGCAGCAGCUGGAGCCGCAGCCGCAGGUGGAGAUGGAUAUGAAUAUGGUGGUGGCGGAGCAGCAGCUGGAGCCGCAGCCGCAGGUGGAGGUGGAUAUGAAUAUGGUGGUGGUGGAGCAGCAGCUGGAGCCGCAGCCGCAGGUGGAGGUGGAUAUGGUGGUGGCGGAGAAGCAGCUGGAGCCGCAGCCGCAGGCGGAGGUGGAUAUGGAGGUGGCGGAGCAGCAGCUGGAGCCGCAGCCGCAGGCGGAGGUGGAUAUGGUGGUGGCGGAGCAGCAGCUGGAGCCGCAGCCGCAGGGGGAGGAGGAUAUGGUGGUGGCGGAGCAGCAGCUGGAGCCGCAGCCGCAGGGGGAGGUGGAUAUGGGGGUGGCGGAGCAGCAGCUGGAGCCGCAGCCGCAGGGGGAGGUGGAUAUGGGGGUGGCGGAGCAGCAGCUGGAGCCGCAGCCGCAGGUGGAGGUGGAUAUGGUGGUGGCGGAGCAGCAGCUGGAGCCGCUUCCGCAGGUGGAGGUGGAUAUGGAGGUGGCGGAGCAGCAGCUGGAGCCGCAGCCGCAGGUGGAGGUGGAUAUGGUGGUGGCGGAGCAGCAGCUGGAGCCGCAGCCGCAGGCGGAGGUGGAUAUGGAGGUGGCGGAGCAGCAGCUGGAGCCGCAGCCGCAGGGGGAGGAGGAUAUGGUGGUGGCGGAGCAGCAGCUGGAGCCGCAGCCGCAGGGGGAGGUGGAUAUGGGGGUGGCGGAGCAGCAGCUGGAGCCGCAGCCGCAGGCGGAGGUGGAUAUGGAGGUGGCGGAGCAGCAGCUGGAGCCGCAGCUGCAGGCGGAGGUGGAUAUGGUGGUGGCGGAGCAGCAGCUGGAGUCGCAGCCGCAGGUGGAGGUGAAUAUGGUGGUGGCGGAGCCGCAGCUGCAGGCGGUGGAUAUGGUGGUGGAGCAGCAGCAGCUGGAUCAGCAGCUGCAGGUGGUGGAUAUGGUGGUGGAGCAGCAGCUGGGGCUGCAGCUGCAGGCGGUGGAUAUGGUGGUGGUGCAGCGGCUGGAGCAGCUGCUGCAGGUGGUGGUGGAUAUUUUGGCGGAUAUGGUGGUGGUGCAGCGGCUGCAGGCGGUGGUAGAUAUUUUGGCGGAUAUGGUGGUGGUGCAGCGACUGGAGCAGCUGCUGCAGGUGGUGGUGGAUAUUUUGGUGGAUAUGGUGGUGGAGCAGCAGCUGGUUCUGCAGCUGCAGGUGGUGUUGGAUAUUUUGGCGGAUAUGGUGGUGGAGCAUCAUCUGGUUCUGCAGCUAACUAG